AUGGCAGCCCUAGAACCCCUUUUCACACGUGAGGCCAUCCAGACACUCGAGGAAGAGCUGGACCGCAACGGCUCGGAUAUCCUGAUGCCGCGUUGCCGCGACGGCACUCGCGCCCGGCAGCGUAACGAGUGUCGCGGCCCAGUCAACCAGGACCCAGCGCCUGGUGAGGUGUUGAAAAGCAACAACAUUCGGUUCCGCGGCGAGCGUGAAUUCGAGAAGCUGAGCGGCGAGAAUCGAGAGGGUGAGUACCGCUGCGUGCAUCUCACCACCGUCACGCGCGAAGGCCCGGUCCUGUCCCAGGCCGAGUCGACGGCGUACCUCGCCGCAUGCUUCGCCAGCUACUACCAGACGCCCGAGUUCGCGUGGGUCCGCGCCGCGCUGACGGCGCGCCACAACCAACUCCGCGAUGUCGACAAGAUCGUGUGCUUUGGGCUCGGCCGGCUGGACCAGACCGUAGGCGAGGAUGAAGUGGUGGUGGAGAUGGAUUCAGAUGACGAGUCGCUGGCGUACCCCAGCAACCCCAUGCGCCAGCACGCCGCAGCCGUGGCUGUGGCCGAGCAUCUCGAGGCGCUCAGGGGCGACGGGCACCAGGUAAGAGUGUACGCCCAGGACCCGCUGUACACCAGCACGGACAAGCACGUGGUGCCCGGUGCGGGAAUAAGCAUAGUCUCCGGGUUCGGGGGCAGAGCCCUCCUGCUGGUCGACGAGAAUACGAUCGUGAUGGCGCGGCAGCCGGCGUUCCCGAUCCGCGAAGUCGUGGCCGAUCUUGCGCGGCCUGCGGCCAUGUUCUGGACAUCGAUGGACGUGGGCGGCUUCAGGGACCCGCGCUCGGUCCGCACGGAUCUGAUGCGCGAGGACUACGACGAACAAGUGAUUGAAGACGCCCGUGUGUUUACCCACACCACAUUGUACAUGUACAAGGCUCCUCCGCAGGCGGCUGAUGACACGCUGACGCCGGGCCCGGCCGACGAGACGGCCAAUGGGCCAGAACCCAUGACACCCUCUGACGGCGUCUCUGAUGAUGCUGAGCCGGAUGACUGGGAUAAUCUCGCCUCUGAAAACGAGCUCAGAGAGAUAGAUCCGGAUGAGAAUGAGUUCGACUUCCUUUUGGAUAACUACCUUCCUGAUGAUGCCGAGAUAGAUGCGUGGAAUAUGGUCCGUAAGAACGAAUUAAACUAG